GAUGACGUUUUUUGAGGUUAUCGUUACUGACACUUCUUAUUUUCCGGAUCAAGCUGCGGUAGCAUAAUAAGCCUAGGCUUAUUUUUGAUCUAUAAUUUCAUUAAUAUAUCAUAAUAUUUAAUAUUCUAAAAUCUGCUUCUGUGUAUAUAAUUUUCAAUUGAUAUUUCUUCAUAUUAUGUUCACACUUUUUUAUGUUGGCAGUUCACAGUGGGCAGUUGGCUAGACUGCUAGUUAUAGUUUAAAAGAAAAACCGAUUACGAUUAACGAACGAUAACGACCAUUUUUAUUUUUGGCAUUAGUUUGUCAUAAAAUAAUUCUGUAUAUUUUGUUCUAAAAAAGCUAAUUGAUUAUAUGUAAGGUUAAAAAAAUGAGUUAUUCAGAGUUGAACAGUCCCGAAAGGACCCUGAGUGAUGAGUUGAAAGAACUGAUCGAUAACAGAAAUAUCCUGACAGAGAAAACAAAGCACAAAGUUAUCAACGACUUACAAAGAGAGAAAAUCGAGAAAGAAGAAAAGAGAUUGAACAUGCAGAUGAAAACUAUGAACGAAUUAGUUGAAUCUGAAAGGAAAUAUUUGUGUCAGCUUGAAACAUUGUUGAGGUUUUUCAGAACACCAUUGGAAGACACAAUCAAAAAUACGGCCGCCAGUAAAGUUUUCGAAAACAUUGAAACAAUCAGAAACCUGAACAAAGUACUUCUUCAAAGGAUUAGCACAGACUUGACGCCGAACAAGAUUGCUGAAGCAUUCAUAGAACUUGCGCCAUUCUUCAAACUGUAUACAAAUUACACCAAUGAUUACAAGCGGACGAUAUUAGCAAUACAGGAGGUCCGCCGACAGAAUCAACGAAUAGAUGAUAACGUUGCUCGUCAAGAAUCCAGACCUGAAGUUGCCAAUCGCAUCAAUUCACUGCUAAUUGUUCCCGUACAAAGAGUACCCCGAUAUAGGUUGCUACUGAGAGAACUAGCCGAACAUACACUGGCCGAAUCGAACGAGAAAACAUUGGUGGAACAUGCAUUGAGAAGGAUUGAAGAGGUGACUGAGUACAUCAACAGCCAGGUCAAUCAGCAAGAUAAUGUUCAGAGAUUGCUGCAAAUACAGAUGAGUCUAGCAGAUGGUAAGCCAAGUAUUAUUCUGCCUGGAAGAACGUUGAUAAAAGAGGGAGUACUAAUGAAGGUUGCUGAUAAUGAGGAUAAGGGAAAACCACGCCAUUUUGUGUUGAUGUCAGAUGCAUUGAUGUGUUGUAAAAUGAAGUCGGGGAGUCUGCAUUGUUCAGCGUUCAUGCCUCUGAGGAAGUGUCACGCUGAAAUGGUGCUUGGUAGAGGCCUUUUCUCGCUAACUGGUCCUGGCUGUAAUCUGCUGCUCUAUUCCAAAGAUGAUAGAGUAGUUGAGGAGUGGGUCGAUGCUAUAUGCCAGGCAAAACUUGAGUAUGAAAAAAGGAUAAGCACUCUUCAGAAGAAGGUGUCGUCAAGACCAUCCCUACAUAGCUGUAUAACUCCUUUAAAUGAGUCAUUUGUUGGAAUAGAAUAUGCCUCGAGGAAACGCAAAUUGGAUAAUCAAGAAAAUUGCUUGCCAAAUGUGAAAAGAUUCCUGAGAAUGACUGAUUCUUCCAAAGGAUCGACAAAGCAGACUUGUUCAGAAAAUGGAAAUCCACUGAGGGCUGUAAUGGAAUCAAAUAGGCAGGAAGGCGCACAAGGAGGAUAUUAUUCACUUUUCAAGAAUUUUUUGACUCGUAUUGGCAAUUGGCUUUAACUUUUGAUCGAUUUUUGUCCUAAAAGUGAUAGAAAUAUUUAUAAGAAAUGUUUUAAAGUUUCUAUGGAUUAUUAAAUUUUAUACUUUUGUGUAUGAAACAAAGCAUCAUCCUUAUAAUAAUAUAUUUAUAUUAACUAGUUUUAAAAACUUGAAAAUAUUUUUUUUAUCAUUGUUAAGGUUCCUACUUUUGUGUUUACAGAACACCUUUGGUACCUAUUUUUAACUUGAAAAGAUUGUGUGUAAUGAAUGAAUGAAACUAAAACAGGUGAAACAAUUUCACCCAACUUGACAGAACCGGUAUGUGUUUGUGCUUUUUGAACUAUUCUAAUUGGAAUAAAUUUUAACUUCACAAUAAAAA